CGCGCCAGACGCUUUGGCCGGUGGCUUGGUGAAAACUUCUGCGUGGCCCCUUUCGGUUUCAGGGCGCCAUGGGAGCUCACGUUUCGGCACCAUCGGAAGAGGAAGCCACGCGCUUGAGGAAUGGUCUGCAGGACGCAUGUGCCGCGGCCGCGCGAAGCAUCACGGAAGCAGAAGUGUUCAUUUUCCUCAAUGGCGCCGGGUGGUCCGCCGACAGCGGCCUGGCGGUCUAUGCGGACGUGGCCAAGGUGCCGGUCUACUCGAAACGGGGGCUCACGUACCAGGACAUUUGUCAGCCACAUUGGCUCUUCAAAGAGCCGCAGCUCUUCUGGGGAUUCUGGGGACAAUGUUACAACGACUACCGCCUCACGGAUCCGCACGAAGGCUAUGAGAUGGUGCACCACUGGGUGGGGAAGCUCUUCCGACACACGAAGGUCGCCAAGGAGCUCCAGCAGCGGUGCCGGGAGAAAGCUCGGGACCAGGACGAUCCGUCCCUACGAAGUGAAAGGACGUGCAGGUGCCUUUCACGUCUUCACGUCCAAUGUGGAUGCGCACCACUAUGAUUGGUUCCCCGCCUGUGAGAUCCGCGAGUGCCAUGGCAAUACUGAGAUUUACCAAUGCGCUGGCUCGAGGAGUAUGGGGGGCUUGCGCGACAUGGACGAACGAUGUCCGGGCAUUUGGCGCGCUCCCUUGGAGUAUCGUUUCCAUGUGGACAAAGAGACCAUGCUUGCUCCAAAGGAAGCGCCCGAGGAGGCCUUCGAAGUUGAGACGAACCAUUGGGCGCCACCCCAAGGGGAUGAGGACCCCAUGUCGACCGUGCCCCGUGUGGGUCGAGUCACAGGAUCUGCGCGGCGCCACACGCUGCGCUUCAUGCGAAGCGGCGCGGUGGUGGCCGAGAGCCCCGCGAGCGCCGCCAAGCGCGGCUUCGCCGCCAACCACCCGGUUUGCCCAGAAUGUGGUGGCCCUGCACGACCGGCUAUCUUGAUGUUUGGUGAUUAUUCUUGGCGAGACAAUGAUGCUCAGGAGGACCGCUGGGAGACCUGGCUGGAUCAGGUCAACGACUUGGCCACGGAGCGGACCGCUGACUUCAACCCACUGCGUGUGGCUUUGCUGGAGGUGGGCGCAGGCAACAAUGUCACCACCGUCCGCAGCCGCAGCGAGCACAUUUUGAGGGACCUGGUGGAGAAAGGCGCUGAAGCCAAGCUGCUGCGCGUGAAUCCUGACUUUCCGCUUGUGGGAAAUCGCCGCUGGGUCCGCAAGUGAUCAGAGGUGACUCAUAUGAGUCGUAUGAGUCAUUGUACGCGCGUGAAGUCUUAAGGAUUUGGUACUAACAAUAUAGUAAUAGGUAAUGUCAGGAGUUAUAAAUGGGCCGAUUUGUGAAACAAUCACACCAAGUUGUGCUUUUCUAUUAGGGUUUGUUUUUCAUCCAAGCUGCUGUUUUCCCUCUGACACAAAAGGAUUGACAUGUUUCUAGAGGUUUGGAGUUUACCUGUGUUUGGGAGACAGUACCGCAGAAUAUAUCCUUCAAAACCUUUAUAGUACUUUAGUAUUUGGUGUAGCACCAUUCGACACUCGCUUGCAGAUCCUGAUGGUUCAUCAACUCCUGGAUUUGUUCAUGUUUGCUUCCUUUCUCAUGUCAGAUGUGUGAUAGGGGAAGCAGACAUAGACCAUGAGCAGAGGCAACGUGCCUUUUUCGGGUAAAGGACCUUUUUCACAUGUCCGCCUCCCGGCGCGACCAACGAACGCUGGUUCGAUUAGGGGAUCUGGAGCCACACACCAUCAGCUUGAUGGGUCGGGGUUUGGAAUCCUUGCGCCUCAUCAAUGCCUUCAUGGGCACCAACUCCUUUGGCCUCACCGAGUGCCCACCACCUCCGCCGGACAUGCCGCCGCCGCCGCCGGACGCGCCGCCGCCCAACCCGGGCGCGUGAGACGCGACCCCACCCGAAAGCCGUGCGUGCAAUCACGACGGCAGUGGGAAUUCCUGCGGCCAAGUUGGAGCCGAAGACGAGGUCGCCAGGCAUCUAGAUCUACCAGACCAGAGGGCUUGUUGCGCUGCAGCACCGGAGAGAAGAAAAGAUUCCGAGCACCGGAGCGAUGGG